CGUUGCUGCCGUCUCGUGUCUCGUCCCUUCCGCGCGCAUCUAGCCUUGCCGCCAACCGCCACCACCGCAGCCGGGGAGAGAGAGAGAGAGCGGAGCACGAGGGCGGGGGGGACGGAUGGCGAGCCCCCAGUGCUGCGAGAACCCGCCGACGCUGAACCCGGCCGGCGGGGCGGGCAAGGUCGUGGACAGCUUCGGCGGGCUCAAGGCCUACGUCGCCGGCCCCGAGGACUCCAAGGCCGCCGUCGUCCUCGUCGCCGACGUCUUCGGGUUUGAAGCGCCGAAUCUGAGGAAGAUAGCCGACAAGGUUGCUCUGUCAGGAUACUUUGUUGUGGUACCAGAUUUCUUCCAUGGGGAUCCUUACGUACCUGAGAAUACUGAGAGGCCCAUUCCUGAGUGGCUAAAGUCGCAUACUCCGGAAAAAGGGUUUGAAGAUGCAAAACCAGUUAUUGCUGCUCUAAAGGAGAAGGGAGUGUCUGCUGUUGGAGCUGCAGGUUAUUGCUGGGGUGCUAAGGUUGUUGUGGAGUUGGCAAAAGCUAAGGAGAUCCAGGCUGCUGUAAUGUUGCACCCUUCGUUUGUUUCAGUUGACGAUAUCAAAGAGGUCAAAUGCCCUAUUUCUGUACUGGGAGCUGAGAUUGACAAAACGUCCCCGCCAGAAUUAGUCAAGCAAUUUGAGCAGGUUCUUUCUGCCAACUCAGGGGUUGGUCACUUCGUCAAGAUUUUCCCUGGUGUGUCUCAUGGAUGGAGCGUGAGGUACAGCGAAGAUGAUGCAGCUGCCGUGAAGAGUGCCGAGGAAGCCCUGGCGGACAUGAUCGACUGGUUCAACAAGAACCUGAAAUGAACUAUGUAGUUGCAUCCUGCCUUGUAAUGAAGCACAUUCUAGUGCGGUCGUCAUUGGAGUAUUGUGGGAUUAUCAGCUAUCUUAGGGCCUUCUUCGUCAGGUCGUUGUAGUUCUCACGGUCUGUGCUUGUACACGUUUGCCGUAGACUGGUUGUGCUCAUUCCGUAAUAAAAAGAGGUAAAUUGUGUCCAUAACAAA